GACCUUAACCUUGUCGUUUCGCAGGUUCAUUUCGAUGCCGGGGCGACGUGGGCGACGACGUCCUCUACUACGAGACGAUAUUAGGUACCCGUCAGGUGAUGAUGACUGCAGCUCAUGUGACGCUUACACUGUUCGAGGCAACCCGGACCCGCAGUGCACGUGGUGUAAAAGGGAACACUCUACUGUCCUACUUGCGCCAUGUGGCCAUCAGUUCUGUCGCGAGUGUGUGGAGGACAUAGUCCUUCCUACAGCAGCUUGCCCUAUUGACAACCGAUUCAUACGAGAGACUCGUUUGGCCGAAUAUGUCCUUCGCGCGACGCAGGACAGUUUUGAGGAUACCUCAUCAGAUGCAGGUGUUAUAAAGAUUCUGGAACGUCGAGUGGAUGCUUUGACCACAGUGAUAGAUCGAUUGGUUGAACAUUUGGCCAUCCGCGAUAUGGUCAACAACUUCCACCCCAAACAUCUCCUCAACGACAACAUUUCUAGCCACCAUCCCCCCAUCGGCAUCCGUGAACCAACUAAGGGACCGGUGAUAACAGAUUCUGAGGAUUCUGAUCACACUCACGUUCCCACUCAGGAAGCAACGUCUGACCUCGGUGCUCAAACGAAAGCCUGCAAUCUGAUGAAUGCUUUAAUGCUUUGUAAUCUGCCAACCGAAACGAUUGAUGAAAGUGGGUCACGAACUGAUUUGGUCAUUACAUCUACAAACGUUCGUCAACUUUUACCCCGUUUCUGGAAGAGGGCGACUUCCGAAAACUGGUCGGAUGAAGAGAAAGUUCAGCGCUUGAGAAUGAUCUGUGAUCCUGCACUGCAACGCCUAUUGGACAACGCGGACGUUUACCGCAGGGAUUGGGCCUACGUUUCUGCCAUACUGUACGGUGACCAUGUGUUGGAUGAGGUUAGCAUGACUCGAUGGCUUGGCUCAAUGCGUCAACGUCAGACGGAAACCCCUCACCAGUGGUACCUGCGCGUUUGUGAUGUGGUUGAGCGUGGUUUACCUCCUGGCCCACGACAAGAAUGGGAGGUGCUCUCCACCUUUGUCCGUGGCCUUCAUCCCAGAUAUCAACAAGCCUUGGUCCCCGGAAAUCUCCCACCAAUCCCAGAUAUCAUUCAGCGGUGUUCCCAGUUGGAUGCAAAGAUUAAUAGCGCCCUAACGAAUGGUCACAUUGAACGCAGACGUACAUGCUUCUCCUGUGGAGCCCCAGAUCAUCUUAUGCGCGACUGCCCGGUAAACAAAGGUAAUGUCAACUAGAGUAUUCGAACCAUCUAGACUAACUGCUUUUUGUUCAUAUGACAUCCUCUUUGUUAUCUAAUUCACAGAUGAGGCUCAUCGAUGGACUCCACGGAUUGUGUAGAUCACAUUGUAAAGGACGUUGCUUCUACUGACUACAUUAUUUUAUCACACCGAGAAACUGCAUUUGGGCUAAUUCAUCCUAUACCUGUCUAUCAUACAGAUAAUUUGUAUUGACAAUGAUGCAGAGUAAAUGAUCGUUUGCCAAUGGAAUUUUCUGUUUUCACAAGUGUCGCUCCAUCGUAAACGAUAAAUGACUUUUAUUACUAUUAA